GGCGCAACUUAGAACAGUCCGGCGCACACAAUCCCGCGAGCUCUAAACCGCCUUUUUUCCUUAAGGUUUCGAAAUCCACACCCACCAAAAUCGAACCUCUCAUUCCUCUCUGUUUUGUUUUUGUCUUCGAAGAUCGAUCAAAACCCUAAAGCUAGGCGAAAAUUAUCGUCGUCUUCAGUUCAGAUAUGAAAUGAUUGAAGAAUUAUUAUGAUUUGGGGUCAGUAUGAGGGACAUCAAGCAUUUGCCUGAGGCUGUUCGCAGCUCGGUUCGUUCUGGCAUUGUCUUGUUCAACUUGACCAGAGUCGUGGAAGAGCUGAUUUUCAACAGUCUUGAUGCUCGUGCAACCAAGGUAUCUGUCGCAGUUGGUGUUGGGACCCACUACAUUAAAGUAGUGGACAAUGGAUGUGGUAUUACUCGGGAUGGGUUGGUAUUGUUGGGAGAAAGAUACGCAACGUCAAAAGUUGAUCAGCUAGCUAAUACUAAUGCUAUUAGUGGAAGCUUUGGCUAUCGAGGAGAAGCAUUGAGCUCCAUUUCUGAUGUUUCAUUGUUAGAAGUCAUUACAAAAGCUCAUGGGAGGCCAAAUGGAUAUCGUAAAGUCAUGAAGGGAUGCAAAUGUUUGUAUCUUGGAAUUGAUGAUGGUAGGCAAGAUGUAGGCACAACAGUCAUUGUUCGGGAUUUAUUUUACAACCAACCAGUUCGGAGGAAGCAUAUCCAAUCUAGCCCGAAGAAGGUCUUGCACUCAGUCAAAAAAUUUGUUCUUAGAAUUGCCAUUGUUCAUCCAAAAGUAUUCUUCGAAGUUGUUGAUAUUGAGAGUGAGGAUGAGUUGUUCUGCACGACUCCUUCCUCAUCUCCUUUGUCACUGUUGAUGAGUGGUUUUGGAAUUGAAAUUUUCAGGUCUCUACAUGAAUUAAAUGUCUCUGAUGGUGUAUUAAAGCUUUCUGGAUAUAUGUCUAGUCCUCGUGAUACUUCAUUUGUGAAGGCCUGUCAAUUUGUCUACAUCAACUCUCUUUAUAUCUGCAAGGGCCCAAUUCAUAAACUGCUGAAUGAGUUGGUCACUAGGUUCAACUCUUCAGAUCUGCAGGAGGCUAACAUGAAGUUACAAAAUGGGAAGCGAAGUAGGUCUCAAACAUAUGAAACAUACAUUUUGAAUUUAAGUUGCCCAAGAUCUUGGUAUGAUAUAACUUUUGAACCAUCAAAGACUUCUGUUGAAUUCAAGGAAUCCAAUUGUUCCCUUGAUCCUCUCUCUCAGGAUUGGUCUCCCAUUAUUAAUUUUAUUGAAAAGGCCAUCACACACUUGUGGACUAAAAAAUUUUCUCACGGAAUUUCCUCCAGCCGUGGUAUUGUUAUGUCAGGAGAAGACAAUUCCUGGAGGGAAGGUGGUGAUGUUUCAUCACCAGAAAAAGAUUUGCCAGAAAAAUAUGAAAUUGCAAAAAGGAGGUGCAGGAUGUACAAUCACCAUGCUUCUUUUGGCCUUCCCUCCCCCCAGCUGGAGAUGCCAACUGAAGAAAGUGACCAUAUGUUUCGCUGGAAAGACAAUAGAUUUUCUUGUCAAGAUGCUUCAGAACACCAGAUGAGGUUGGGAUCUUUGUAUCAAACUGACUACUCAUUCCAGUCGUGUGAUGGAUGGCUUGCCCCAUCCAGAGUAACUGUAAACCAAAAGAGUGCUAGCUAUCUGCAGGCAACUGACCAUAAUAUUUUCUCUUCUGAAGACCAUUUCUUGGGGAAUAAGUUCUUUGGGGAAAAAAGAUCCAGUGAGCACACAGACUAUAUUUGCGGUUCUAGAUUGGAGGAUGCACAUUUCAAUGUGGAUGCCAGCAUAAGUAAUGGAUUUAAUGGGAGUGCAUUAUCUCCUGAUUGUUUUGAAAUAGGUGAUGAUGUGGACAAGAUCAGCGAGGAUCUAAAGCCCUUUCUGCAUAAUUGCUCCUGUAGGAGAAGCCUUCCAGUUGAUGGGGCAUCACCUGCAAGCUCUGAAGGAUUUGACUUUCGGAUUAAUGGUUUUGGAGCCAAAAGAAAGAGUCUUGAACCUAAUGAUUGGGUUUGUGUUGGAGAAAUUGAUGACAAUAACCAGAGGUUUGAUUUCCUUCCAGGGACUCUAUGGCAGGAUGAGGCAGCAAGUGCUUGGUCUUCCCCCGGACCCAUGUCUAAGUGUGACGUGCUUACAGGUCUGGAUUUUUUGUCAAGGGAUUCAAUAGAGUCUUCUGCAAUAGGUGGAGAGUGUUUAGCUGGAGAGAAUGACCUUCCACCAGACUCAAUUGCACGUGUUGGAAAAUUUUUCUCAAGUCGUCAGUCUCUUAACUCUGAAUGGUCUUCUGUAAUGUCAGAUCCAUUAUUUAGGACCAAAUCUCAGAAUGUGGAUAAUUUCUUUGAUGAGAAUGCACUUGAGAGGUGUAUCAAAUAUGACAAUAGUUCUAGAUAUGACUAUUUAGCAGAAAGGGUUGUUAAGGAUGGUGGUUUUUAUUUUGAUGAUUCUUUGCGAAAAAGCUCAAGCCAAGAAGACUUCUCAACAAGUUUUGCAAACAUGUGCUCAGGUUUUGAAAGUUGUGUUCGUUCCAAGGAAGAUAAUUGUAGAUUUAUCCAACAACAUAAUCUAGAUGUUCUCUUUUCAAAAUGUCCCGAUAUAUUUAUUGAUGAAACAGAGUGGUUAUGUUUAGACUUGCAUGGUAAAUAUAAUGCCAACUGUUCUGCAGUAACGUCACACCAUAUUUCUUCAGCAAUUUAUGAUGUUGUGGAUGAAGGCCUAAAGGAUCCGAUUAUAUAUCAACAAAAAGGAUAUGUUUGUAAGAGAAGGCCAAAAAGAAGCCAUUCAGCUCCACCUUUUUACAGAGGCAAGAAAAAAUUCUUCACCUUAAAUACCCAUUUGGCCAUGGAAGCAAAAAAACUCAAAGCCCAGGCCAUCAAUACUGCCCCUACUUCACAAGAAACGAGUGGGUGGAAGCAUCCUCAACAAUCAUCUGGUGAAUGUCAACUAUAUUCUGAGCCAAAUUCUGUGGAAGAUCCAUUGAUCUACACCAGACCAGAUAAGAAGAAAGCACAUGACAUGAAGGACAUUAAAAAAUGUGAUACGCAAAAAUCAGAGGAACUUAACAUUUAUAGUAAGGAUUUGGUUGAAGACUGCACAUUGAAGGAAACUCAUGAUCCAUUAGAUUCUGGGCUAAAAUGGCAGAAGAGCUGUCUACGGACUGCAAGGGGAGACAAAUUACAUAAUCUUCACAAUGAGAGUAAUAUACUUGAUGUCUCUUCUGGGAUCUUGCAUCUGGCUGGUGAUUCAUUAGUUCCUGAAUCUAGCAAUAAGAAUUGUCUGGAGGAUGCCAAAGUUCUCCAACAGGUGGAUAAGAAAUUCAUUCCAAUUGUGGGUGGUGGAGUGCUUGCUAUUAUUGACCAGCACGCUGCAGAUGAAAGGAUCCGCUUGGAAGAACUACGUCAGAAGGUGCUAUUUGGAGAAAUGAAGACAAUCACUUACCUGGAUACUGAGCAAAAAUUGGUCCUGCCUGAAAUAGGGUAUCAGUUGUUGCACAACUAUGCUGAUCAGAUACAAAAUUGGGGUUGGCUCUGCAACAUUCGUUCUCUGGGUUCAAGGUCUUUUAAAAAGAAUCUGAAUCUUCUACACAGGCAGCCAACUGUUGUCACACUUAAUGCGGUGCCGUGUAUUGUAGGAGUCAAUUUGACUGAUGUAGAUCUCUUGGAAUUUCUUCAACAGCUUGCUGAUACAGAUGGAUCAUCAACUAUACCGCCAUCCGUUCAUCGGGUCCUUAACUCCAAAGCAUGUAGAGGUGCAAUAAUGUUUGGGGACACAUUGCUACCUUCAGAGUGUUCCCUAAUUGUUGAAGAGCUGAAGCAAACAUCAUUGUGUUUCCAAUGUGCUCACGGGCGACCAACAACUGUCCCUCUUGUCAACUUGGAGGCAUUGCAUAAACAGAUAGCUAAGCUUGGAUUGUGGAAUGGUGGUUCUAAUGAAUUGUGGCAUGGGUUACAUCAGCAUGAACCCAGUUUAGAACGUGCAGCACAGCGUUUGAGCUUUGCCAGAGGUCUGUCUUGAUGAGUAACCAGUUGGUUUUCCAGAUUCAGUGGUGGCUGUGGUUCUCCACCAACACGCCUUUUUUCCUUGCCACUGUGAACCCAUUCUUUCAAUUUGUUAUGUAUAGUUCUCAUUCUGACCGCUGAAGUACCAAUAAUAUGUUGUACCAGUGUAACAGAGUCGCUUGUAGUUUGUAACGACAGGUAUUUGCACACAAUAAAAUCACACCUUAUUUUUUCA